AUGUUUCUCUACGUACUUGCAUGUUUGCUAUGCGGUUUGUUUUUGUUGAUUUCGUUGUUUUUGCAUAAACGGUUCACCUAUUGGGAGAGACGUGGAGUAGUGCAUGAUAAACCAACGUUCCUCUACGGAAAUUUACGUGAGUUCGGGCGCACAAAGCCACUUGUGCAACCAUUUCGUGAUUUCUAUAUGAAAUACAAAAACAAAGCACCUUUUGGCGGCUUCUACUUGUUUAUGCGGCCGGCAAUUGUCUUGUUUGACCUUGAGCUAGUAAAGGAUAUAUUAAUCAAAGAUUUUGGUAAUUUUCCGCAUCGUGGCAAUUACUAUAAUGAAAAGGAUGAUCCACUCUCAGGUCAUUUGGUUAAUUUAGCUGGACCAAAAUGGCGCACGAUGCGCACAAAAUUAACGCCGACCUUCACUUCUGGUAAAAUGAAAUUCAUGUUUCCCACUGUGGUACACGUGGCCAAUGAAUUCGUUUCCGUCUUUAAAGAUUUAGUUGAGAAGGAACACAAAGUGAAUGCUUUAGCCAUGGACACACAAGAAACUGUUAUAGAGAUCAAAGACUUGUUAGCACGUUUUACUACAGAUGUUAUAGGCACAUGUGCAUUUGGUCUUGAGUGUAAUAGUCUGAAGAAUCCACAAACGUUAUUCCGGCGCAUGGGCAGCAAGGUAUUUACUGAACAACGUUAUGGCAAAAUAAUGAAUUCGAUACUAAACGCUUUCCCGGAACUGGGACGGAAGCUACAUAUAAAACUGACACAUGAUGAUGUAGAUGAAUUUUUUAUGCGUGUUGUGCGUGAAACGGUGGAGUAUAGAGAACGUGAAGGUGUUCAACGCAAUGACUUCAUGAAUUUGCUUAUAGAAUUGAAGAAACAUAACGAAACGGAGGGUUUCACCAUUGAGGAUAUAGCAGCACAGGCUUUUGUCUUCUUUUUGGCUGGUUUCGAGACUAGUUCGAGUACGAUGGGCUUCUGUUUGUAUGAACUCGCUUUAAACCAAAAUGUACAGGAUAAAGCAAGAGCUGAAAUACAAGAGAUGUUGGAUCGGUAUAAUGGGAAGUUUACCUAUGAGGGUAUAAGAGAACUAAAAUAUUUGCAGCAAAUUUUUUAUGAAACCUUAAGACUAUAUGCCAUUGCUUCCUUUCUACUACGCAAAACCAUCGAUGACUACCCUGUACCGAACACAAACCAUAUUAUAGAAAAAGGAACAAUGAUUAUUGUACCAGUAGAUGCUAUACAUUAUGAUCCGGAUAUAUAUCCAAAUCCAACUAUUUUUGAUCCAUCACGUUUCGAACCAGAGGAGAUUGAGAAACGACAUUCUAUGUCUUGGCUGCCAUUCGGAGAAGGACCGCGGAAUUGCAUAGGCCUACGUUUUGGAGAAAUGCAGGCUAUCAUUGGCUUAGUAAUGCUUCUGAAUAACUUCAAGUUUACAACAUCAAAGCAAACACAAAUACCAAUUCAAAUGAAUAAGAAAUGUUAUCUUUUAGCUUCAGAUGGUGGAAUUUAUUUAAAUGUUGAGAAAUUGUGA